AUGGCUUUUUCUGACAGGCAUAAGGUUCUGUAUAUAACCCGUGAUGAGGCUUCAAGCCCAUUAGGUUUAGAAGAAUAUUAUGAUAUUGAUAAAAUUUUUGCAAAACCUGGAUUUAAAACUCGUAAUGGCCAGUUCAAUUGGAGUUGCAGCUGUGUAGCAAGCUACAUAACCAGCCCAUGUGGGUUUUAUUUUCGCAAAUUCCUGUCCAACAUGGAUCGUUUCAUGAACACCGAGGACUCCAUAAACGACGUGGAAGCCAAACGAGUUUUUGAUAAAUGCUACUCUGAACUUGGCAACUGCAUGCAGAAAUACCCCAAAUACUACCGUCCAAUCCUAGAACAGUUUGAGGAGUCCCUCAGUGACGUCUUUCGCGAUAGCUUGGAAAGUAGCAAGUAA